CUCCAGCUUCCAUUCCAAACGCCCAUCACAUUCUUUUCUUCGGUCCAGAUCUAGUAAUCAGUACCAACUCCCGUUCAUUCUUUUCACAAACUCAAGAUCCCCGUUUCAACAGUCACUACCUUCUACCAAACGCCUCUUCUCCAAGAUCCCCUUUCAAACAAACAAACCGCCAAAAUGCAGUUCUCCGUCACCAAGAUCGCUUCCAUCUUCUUCUUCCUCUCCGUCGCCUCGGCCGACCUCCACGACAGCUGCACUUGCCACAACGGCGACAGCUACAACUGGCGCAUCACCACCAAGGCCUGCGAGCUCUACGCCUCCAAGAACUACAAGUGGGGCAAGGGAACCUACGACACCCCCUCCGGACGUUGCGUCCAGAACUCCGGCACCGACCAGCUCGCCGGAAAGGAGUGGGAGGCCGCCUGCCGCGAGGUCGCCAACUCCGGCUUCCAGUGCGCCGACGGCCAGGGCCUGUACUGCAAGGCCCCUACCAACGAGGUCCGCGGCCGCUGCUAAGCGUCUCGCCUGACAGCGGGGCAAAAGCGAGAGGGCGGAAGAGGAUGCGUGUGAGAGAGGGCUCUUGAUGUCUUGUUUCUUUUUUCUUCGCUAGCAAGGGGGCUGCCCCUCCCCCGGCCUCGCCUUGUCCGUAGGGCAAGCAGUCUGAGGGGGGGGGGAAGGGAGGCAAGCCCAUCAUGGCUCCACGAGAGUGUCCACCUCCCAACCAUCCUUAGCCGGUUCUCUGGAUCUCGUUGGGCUGGCCUCGUAGGGAGCAUGAAACGCGCGCGAGGGAAGGGGCGAAUGUUUUCUUGACCUGAACGAAGUGUGGCUCUUGGCGAUAGAUCGGUAGUGGAUUCUUGUGUCCCGUUUAGCUGUUUGUUUUCACGAAUCAUAGGCGUUUUUUGUUGGGUGUUCGCAUCAAAUACCUAUAGAGAAAGUGUGGCAUCGUCAUCCUCAUCGUGUAUCGUAAAACAUU